GUACUUUGGGACUAAUAUUACAAUUUUCUCCCAAAUUCACAAUGGUAUUGCCAAAUCGUUUGCUUGAAAACAAAGCAGAGGCCAACAACAGCACCACCAAUUAUCUUUGCCUCUCUCGCCUAAAUUGCCGCCACUGAAGGAAAUACGAAAAGAAUGAAGGUGAGCCUGGAAGGUGAAAAGGUGAUACUAGUGCCUUAUAUGAAAGAGCAUGUGCCCAAGUACCAUGUCUGGAUGCAAGACCCGUCCAUCCUCCAAGCCACUGCGUCUGAACCACUCACUCUCGACCAAGAAUACGAGAUGCAGCUUUCUUGGAUUCAGGAUCCCCUCAAGCAGACUUUUAUAGUGCUGGACAAAAAAUUAGUGGUUGGAGAAUUCAUUCAUGGGGAGCCCCAUACUGAAGCCAUGGUUGGUGAUGUAAAUAUAUUUAUGAAUGACCUGGAUGAUCCUCAAAUGGCAGAGGUCGAGAUUAUGAUUGCUGAACAAAAAAGUCGAGGCAAAGGGCUUGCAAAAGAGUCAAUCCUCCUGAUGAUGGCGUUUGCAAUUGAGAGUUUUGGCAUCCACCUCUUUCGUGCAAAAAUAGGAGAGUCGAAUGAAGCUUCUCUUAAUCUAUUCCAGAAAUUGGGAUUCAAGGAGACUUCUCGCAGCGAGAUCUUCAAAGAACUGUUAUACAGUGGCUGCUGUUGUCACUUGGUUCUUGUUGCUGAUGCUGAUAAGUUUUGACACUCCCCUCGCAAGUUAGACAUGGGUACGUUGUGAUCAUGCCUAACUUGGAUCUUAAAUGGAGGAAGACAUUUCCAGUCAGGACCUUUGUAAAUAAAUCUGCAACUUGUUGUUUAGACAUGAUGUUGCUGGGUUGGUUAAUUCCUUCUUUAUAUUUGUUCCUAACCACGUGACAAUCAAUUUCGAGGUGUUUCGUUUGUUCAUGAAACAGUGGGUUCGCAGUAAUGUGCAAUGCAACUUUCUUGUCACAAUAAAAAGGAAUGGGGGUGUGAACUAAAACUCUUAAGUGUGCCAGAAGAUACAUAACCCAGCUUAUUUCACACGUUGUAGCAGCUAUGCUCCUGUAUUCGGCUUCGGCUGAAGAUCUAGCCACUGUAGUUUGCUUCUUAGUUCUCCAGGAUAUAGGACUCCCUCCUAACAAUAUGCAAUAGCCAGUUAGGGACUUUCUUGAAUCUAGGCAAGAGACCCAAUGUGCAUCACAAAAGGCCUUUAGUUCAAGUUCACAAUCUCUAGAAAAGAACAAACCUGCUGAAGGAUUUCCCUUCAAAUACUUGAUGAGGUGCAUUGCAGCUUCCCAAUGGUGUUGACAUGGGUGCUGUAUAUGCUGGCUUAGCUGUUGAGCUGCAUAGCAGAUAUCAGGUCGUGUGAAUCCAAGGUACAAAAGUCUGCCAAUGAGCCUCCUAUAUUUGGAUGGAUCUUGUAAUGUUGCACCUGCAUUCAUGGAAAGUUUGCAACCUGCUGGCAAUGGUGCAGUGGUGGCUUUGCUCCUCAAGUGUCCUCUAUCUCUAAUAAUGUCCAAUGUAUAUUUGUUUUGUGAAAUAAGUAUUCCUUGUGCAGAAUGCAUAAUUUCCAGUCCCAGAAAAUAUGUGGCAACUCCCAGGUCUUUAAUGGCGAAAAGUUCAUUCAAAUAUCCUUUCACUUCCAUAAUAAGAUCAUUACUAGGUGCAGUAACAAGUAUAUCAUCAACAUAUACUAGUAAUGCAAUCAAAUGAGAUUUGGUGUGUUUGAUGAAUAAACAAUGAUCAUGAGCACAUUGAAUAAAACCAAAUUCACUAAUUUUAUCAGUGAAUUGUUGGUUCCAUUGCCUUGAGGCUUGCUUCAAGCCAUAUAAAGGCUUCUUAAGCUUGCAUACCUUACCAAUGGGAAUUUCAUAACCAUUUGGUGGUUCCAUGUAAAUUUCUUCAUCUAAUGUCCCAUGCAAGAAAGCAUUAUUGACAUCUAGAUGAUGCAAAUGCCAUUUUCUUGCAGCUGCAACCCUUAGAAAGGUUCUUACAGUGACUGCCUUUGCCACAGGGGCAAAGCAGUCACCAUAGUCCUCACCUUCCUUUUGACUGUAGCCUUUAGCUACAAGUCUGGCCUUGUAUCUCUCUAGAGUGCCAUCAGGUUUGAGUUUUAAUUUGUAAAUCCACUUACAUCCCACACAAUUCUUACCUGGAGGCAAUGUGGAAACUUCCCAGGUAUUGUUUCUUACCACUCUAGUUUACCUAGUGCUUCUUUGUAGUCCUUUGGCUCCUGCAUAGAACACAGAUUUUCUACCAAGUAUGUUUGUUUAUGUGUUGGUGUCAAACUAGAUGCAGAGGUUACACCCUCUCAAUUGUUGCAUAUGAAGUCCUUCAUCCAAGUUGGUUUGGUUGAGGUCCUAGUAGACCUUCUAAGGACAAUAGGGCUGUCUAUGUUACUAAUUUCUGCAUCCUGCUCCUCUUGUCCAGUUUCAGUUUCCUCAUGAUUCUCUUCAGGAAUGAUGUUAGGGAGAGGGCAAGUAGUAUCAGUAUUA